AUGGGUCGUCCACCUUGCUGCGACAAGACGGGCGUAAAGAAGGGACCAUGGACCCCGGAGGAGGACAUCGUCCUGGUCACAUACAUCAAGGAAAAUGGCCCCGGCAACUGGAGGGCAGUUCCUUCGAAGACAGGUGAGUAAUUGAAGUAUUUCAAAAUUAUAUCUCAUAUCCGCCUUGGCACGAUGUUAGUUUCCUAAUUCAAACAAGCCUGUUGCGGUGAGGAGCUGUCUUGCACGAAGGCUAUAAUUUACAAUUUCAUCCUCUUCGUGGGCUAUUUGAAUUGCUAGAUCAUAAACAUCAGGCCAUGUUCUUUAAAUUUUUAUUUGCAUUGCUUCUUGUCUGUCCCUUUGAUUUCCAGGGCUACAAAGGUGCAGCAAGAGCUGCAGACUCCGAUGGACUAAUUACCUCAGGCCGGGUGUCAAGCGAGGCAACUUCACCGAGCAAGAGGAGAAACUGAUCGUCCACCUCCAGGCUCUUCUGGGCAACAGGUAAUGAAUCUACAUUUCUCUGAAUGAAUUCGCAUUCCAUCAAAAUUUAGUGGUUAUGUUAUAUUUUGUUUGAAUAAACUUUAUUACUGUAUUUGAUUCGUUGUCAACUGAUUUUGAUUUGAAUCCCCCUAACUCUUUGACAAUAUUUACCGGGUGGUGAUGUAGGUGGGCGGCCAUUGCGUCGUACCUACCGGAGAGGACAGACAACGACAUCAAGAACUACUGGAACACCCACCUAAAAAAAAAACUGAGGAAGGCGCAGUCCGGCGCCGGCGAAGUCUCAUGGUCGCUCCCAAUCGCGAAGGGCCAGUGGGAGAGGAGGCUCCAGACUGACAUCCACAUGGCGAAGCGGGCUCUCUCCGAGGCUCUUUCCUUGGAGAUACCUUGCCCAGAGCUGGAGCUCAAACGGCCAUUGUCCUCCGACGACGCGGCGGUGACACAACCCCCAACACUGUCUACGGCCACCUAUGCCUCCAGUGCCGAGAACAUCUCUCGAUUGCUGCAGGGAUGGAUGAGUAACACACCAAAACAGUCCUAUUCCGAGUCGACUGAGCACUCCAACAGCACCGCCGGUGGCGGGGUUGACUCAGCCUCUAGCAACAUCGGCGUCGAGAUCAAUACAAUUGAGUCGCUGAUUUCUCCAGAGGCAAGCCUCAUCCCCGAGGAGCAAAAGCCGGUGCCGCUUUCAUUUCUGGAGAACUGGCUCUUCAGUGAGGGUCUUGCCGAGUUCCUUUGA